AUGAACGCUGAGCUAAGAGAUUAGACUAGAUCAAUGGGCUUAAAGUUUUCCAGAUUUUAUGCCUUUGCACGCUUUCAACCACUAUAACCUGCUUGACGGAGGAAUCCAGUCGCCUGAACCUGCCUCAGCAGCGUUCACACUCCUGGGAUCUGGAGCUCGCACCGAUAUCCAUGAUUCUCGGCGGGUAGAAAUACUCCUUUACUUCACGUCAUUUAGAUACUAUGGAGGCAAAGGUCAGCCCGAAGCCUCCUGCCAGUCACCUUGAGGGAGGGUGACACCCAGGAAAAAAGAACUACGGCCCUCCAGAACUAUCAGGAAAAAACCUGCGGUCAACCAUCAAGAUAACUAGUGCCAGGACUUGAAUCGCCAAAAGCUGAUCCCAAGACUUACCCACCCCAUGCGGCUGCUCAAAGGCAAGCCAAGCUUAUGAUUGAAAGGUCUGAGCCUUGGCUUAAGCUAUAAAGCGACUUUGACGCCAAAAGUGGUGCUUCAUCGCCAAGGACAUCUUUCGUCGUUACUACAUACUAAAUGAGCUAAGAGAGGAUUUCGCAAGCAGUGUAAGAAAGCAAAUGACGAGGAAUUGUUCAUACAGAUGCUUCACAAGUAAGAAUGAAAAUUGCUUGGAAGAGUGCUACGAUGCAAAUAUUACAGCUUUCAAUGUUACUGCUAAGAUCUUAAGAGAGAUUGGCUAUUCAAGACAUUCAAGACUUAUAGAGUUGGCAUAUGGCCAAUUUAUUGAUGAAUUCGAUAGAAUAGCCACUUUCAAUGAUUCUGCACCAGAGAUAACAGGCGAAAGAAGACACUUUUUCGAACGAAAUAUUUAUGAUGAAUCUAAAACAAGAUAA